AUGUCUGACCCCUUACCUGGUCCUCAAGUAGUGCAAUCAUCCUUGCAAAUGCCACCCACAGCACAUAUCAAAAUCAUUCACCAUCUGCACAGCAAUAUCACCAAGCCUGCCAUUAUUCCUCUCAAGUCAAGUCUUGAUUCAGAACUCAAACCAGAAUCACGUACAUUACAGCCAAUUAUAGUGGAGUCAGUGCCAUGGACACCAUUCAGAAAUAUACAAGACUUUGAGUAUAUGGAGAUUGCUGUUCAAGCCUGCCUCACCAAGUCAAAUGUCAAUGCUCGGCUGUAUGGGUUACAGAAUGGAUGGGCGAAAGGAAGCUGGAUCACACUGGAGAACCACAGGGACAUGGAACAAGCAUUAACAGCUUCUCAUGCAUACAUCAUUCCACUCAAAUGUGUUGUACAUGCAAAGUUUCAGGAAGGCAUUGUUUCCGUUGUAGAAGAGGAAUGGGAAGUGGGGUAA